AUGAUGAUUCGCCGUCGCAAAGGUGUGUCGUUAGCCAUUUCUCAAAGGAAGCUGUCUGACGGGGUUAGGAUCGACACUACUGGCGGCACGAAAGAGAUUUUGGGACGUCUGCAUGAGAUUGAGGUCACGCUCAAGGCUUUGUUUGACCAGCUUUCAACCAUAACCGCAUCAUCCCAUGCCGGGCAGGUGCCUACUGAGACCUCUCCACCGCCGCACUCACUGGCCUCUCUGCCAGAGCACCACUCAUGGACAUUCCCAGUGCUCGGGGUUCAACCAAAUUCCCCAGACCUGCCACCCAUGACAAUUCCGGUUAAACACAAAACCUCCUCUAGCUAUUUGCUAAGUCUACCGCCGGUCAAGUCCUUGAUCGGAGAAUACCCACCCGACUUAUUUUUCCGCUUGGAGUCAAAGAAUCCACUCCCCCAGGGUCUGUCAUUCGAUAAGUGGCAACCUCCACAAUCAUCUAUUGAAAUCUCAAGAGAUCUCGCCUCGGAGCUAGUCUCCAUUUUUUUCUCCUCGGUCCAUCAGAAUCACCCGAUCCUGGACCCCGACGAGUUUCGGGACAUCUAUACCAGAUUUGCAGAUAUUGGUCCUGAUACGAGUAUUGAGUCCGCAUUAUGUAUGGUUGUUCUAGCCCUCGGAGCUGUCGCAGCCUCACCAGCAGACUCAUAUAAUUUUGACACUGCACCUGCGGGCGUGGAUUAUAUGCAGCACGCCAUGCACACGCUCCUCUACCAGUCAUCAUGGUCUUUCUCAUCUAGCCUACUGCUACCACAAGCGCUUGUUUUGGCAAGCAUUUACUUCGCCUACAUAGUGCGCCCUCUCCAGAGCUGGCGACUUAUCUACUCCGCCACAACCAUUCUCCAAUUUAAACUCUCAGGAAUCGAUGGUCAUGAUGAGGGGCCCAAGUGGCGAGAGAGCCUGACUCGCCUAUUUUGGUCAUGCUUUUUGAUUGAAUGCGACCGACUCGCUGAGCUCGAGCUUCCAAGGAGUGGAUUGCAGCAGCUGACAGACGAAAUAAGUCUUCCAGAGUGCACAAAUCUUGGAAUGAUGCAGGCAACCUGCUAUCUGGCCGAGAUUUCGAUUCGAAGGUUAUUAAAUCGCAUUCAUGGAUCGCUCUAUCCCCGCAAGAAACACGUAUUGACUUUAUCCUCUACAUCACUGAUGGCGCCGGAUGACUUCUCUAUUGAUGAUGUCUCAUCCAUGAGCGCUGUAUGUGAUGAAUUGCACUCCCAGCUCGAACUGUGGCAUUCGUCAAUACCGGAAACCUUCCGCCCGAAUCUAAAUAUCGGAACCAAUAUACCAGAACUCGAUGAUCGUCGAGAAAUCCUACGGACUCGGUACUUUGCAGCGCGCCAUAUUAUCUACAGACCUUUCGUUCUCUAUAUUGUCACCCACCGGAUGAGCCACGUAUCCGACUCCAUGAUUGCAAAAGCUAGCAUCUGCAUCGAGAGCUGUCGGUCGUACAUCCACAGCGCGACGCAACUCUUGGCAAAGCCAAGUCAGUACACGUGGACAUUCUCUCUGUCAUCUCUCGGUGCCGUUGUUGUUCUCACACUGGCCUCAUUAAAUCCCGUCUUACGAGACCUGGUUCCCGAUAUCGACGAACUCCAAACCCUCGUUCUGAACCGUAUUCGGCCAUGGGCAUUCUCCAGUCUAGAGGCUGUGGUCGCUAUCUUGGAGGACAUGCAAAAGAAGCAGAGACUAUUGUCCCGUGCUUAG